CUGCGACGGGGCGGGCUGGGGCGGGCCGGGACGCGGCACCCCGGAGGUGUUGGCUGCUCUAGCCCCCUCCGGCCCGCUGCUGUGGUGACAAGGAGAGCGGGUGCCUCGCUGUCAACGGCUUUCCUAGUCGUCCGGAUCCCUUGCAGAGGGAUUAAAUACGGGCCUGACGUGGGGGGGAUGGUGCCGCCUCCGCGGAGCCGGUGUCCCCGAAUCGUGAGCAGCCUGCAGUUUCAGGGUCCUCCUGCGUUGAGAGCUCGGCCAGGGGAGGAGUUUGUGGGUUACCUGACUUAAAAGUUGUGUGAUGAGAAAGUCGUGCAGGAAGAGCUGGAUGCCCUCCUGGAACAGCAAAGCACUAUAGAGAACAAGAUGGUUGCACUUCAUCGCAUGGGCCCUAAUUUGCAGCUUAUCGAGGGGGAUGCCCAGCAGUUGGCAGGGAUGAUCACAUUCACCUGUAACCUGGCUGAGAACGUCAGCAGUAAAGUCCGCCAGCUUGACCUUGCCAAGAAUCGACUCUAUCAGGCCAUUCAGAGAGCUGAUGACAUCCUUGACCUGAAGUUCUGCAUGGAUGGAGUUCAAACAGCCCUGCGAAAUGAAGAUUAUGAACAAGCAGCAGCUCAUAUCCAUCGCUAUCUGUCUCUGGACAAAUCGGUGAUUGAGCUCAGUCGUCAGGGCAAGGAAGGGGGCAUAAUUGAUGCCAACCUGAAGCUCCUGCAGGAAGCAGAGCAGCGCCUAAAGACAAUUGUCACAGAGAAAUUCGACACAGCUAUGAAGCAGGGAGACUUGCCCCAGGUGGAACGGUUCUUCAAGAUCUUUCCUCUGCUAGGCUUACAUGAAGAGGGGCUGAGCAAGUUCUCGGAGUACCUCUGCAAGCAGGUGGCCAACAAAGCAGAAGAGAACCUGCAGUUGGUGAUGGGGACAGACAUGAGUGACCGUCGAGCUGCUGUCAUCUUUGCGGACACGCUGACACUCCUCUUCGAAGGGAUUGCUCGCAUUGUGGAGACCCACCAGCCCAUUGUGGAGACCUACUACGGGCCAGGGAGGCUGUACACCCUCAUCAAGCACCUGCAAGUGGAGUGCGACCGGCAGGUGGAGAAGGUGGUGGACAAGUUCAUCAAAGAGAGGGACUAUCACAGGCAGUUCCAGCAAGUUCAGAAUAGCAUGAUGAGAAGUUCUUCUGCAGAGAAGAUUGAACCAAGGGAACUUGACCCUAUUUUAACAGAAGUCACUUUGAUGAACGCCCGCAGUGAGCUCUACUUGAGGUUCAUCAAGAGACGAAUAAUAGCCGAUUUUGAGGUGGGAGACUCCAUGGCCUCAGAGGAGGUAAAGCAAGAGCAUCAAAAAUACCUGGACAAGCUCCUCAACAACUGUCUGCUGAGCCGCACGAUGCAAGAGCUCAUUGGCUACUACAUCACCAUGGAGGAAUACUUCAUGAGGGAGACUGUCAACAAGGCUGUUGCCAUGGACAGCUAUGAGAAGGGCCAGCUCACCUCCAGCAUGGUGGAUGACGUGUUUUAUAUAGUGAAGAAGUGCAUUGGGCGUGCUCUGUCCAGCUCCAGCAUAGACUGUCUCUGUGCCAUGAUCAACCACUCCACCACCGAGCUGGAGUCUGACUUCAGGGAGGUUCUGUACAACAAGCUGAAGCAGGGCUUUCCAGCCACGACCUUCCAGGACUUCCAGAGAGGGGUGACCAGUGCCGUGAACAUCAUGCACAGCAGCCUGCAGCAGGGCAAGUUCGAUACCAAAGGCAUUGAAAGCACCGACGAGGCCAAGCAGUCCUUUCUGGUGACCUUAAACAAUGUGGAAGUCUGCAGUGAAAACAUCAUGACCCUAAAGAAGACUUUGGAGAGUGACUGCAGCAAACUGCUUAGCCAAGGCUUUGGGGGUGAGCAAGCACAGGCCAAGAUUGACAGCUGUCUCUCUGACAUGGCUGCCGUCUCCAACAAAUUUCGUGACCUGCUGCAGGAAGGUCUCAAUGAGCUGAACAGCACAGCUAUCAAACCCCAGGUGAAGCCCUGGAUCAACCUAUUCCUCUCCAUCUCCCACAACAUCGAGGAGGAGGAGUUCAGCGACUAUGAAGCUAAUGACCCCUGGGUCCAGCAAUUCAUUGUCAAUCUGGAACAGCAGAUGACAGAGUUCAAGGCUGGACUGUCUCCAGUGAUUUAUGACACCCUCACUGGUCUUAUGACCAGUCUCAUAGCCAUCGAGCUGGAGAAAGUGCUGCUCAAAUCCACCUUCAGCAGGCUUGGUGGUCUGCAGUUUGACAAGGAGCUGAGGUCUCUCAUAGCCUAUCUCACCACAGUCACCACUUGGACUAUCCGCGACAAGUUUGCCCGUCUUUCCCAGAUGGCCACGAUCCUCAAUCUGGAAAGGGUGACAGAGAUCCUGGAUUACUGGGGCCCAAACUCAGGCCCACUCACCUGGCGCCUUACUCCAGCCGAAGUCCGGCAGGUGCUGGCUCUCCGAAUUGACUUCCGCAGCGAGGAUAUCAAGCGGCUACGCCUGUAGUUGGUUGGUGCUUGGGUCAGCACCGCGCUGGAGGUAACAGCAGGAGGGCUGCAACCCUGGAGCUUGCCCAGGUCCUGGCCUGGGGC